GGAUUUAGUUUCAUUUGUGCGCUGCUGGUAUCGAGCAUCGGUAUUGUCAUGGAUUGGUCGAUGAAGUCCCACUUAUUGGCUUAUUAUUAUUAUCAGUGUCCAAACAUAAGCCCGUGGUGUCUAAUACUAUUUGGCGGGAUAGUCGCGGUAACGCUCGUCUGCUACAGCUGCCAUUGCUAUCAGUUUAUUCGCGAUCGUCGUCGGCUCCGAUCACAAAAUCGGCAACUGCCUCAACCCCUUGUACGUCUGUCGGUCAGCCCGGGCUGCCCCCACAUCAUCAACACCAAGCUGACCCACUCUAAAAAUCUCGCUGAGGCUUACUAAACGCAGAA